CUUUGGUGAUUUAUAGUGUAUAAAACAUGACCUGAGGCACAAAUGGGAUGGAGUUUUAUUAUUAAUCAAAUCACACUGUCCACACCAAACCACAGACAGAAAACCUCAUUCUUGCCAGAGAAACUGAACAACCUUCUUCCACAACAAUCUGCAAUUAUUCUUUCCUGCCUGAAACAAUUCCAAGAUGUCCAAUCCAAAAUCAUGGGGUCAGUCAUUUGAGUUUCUCAUCAGAAGUGAAGAUGGUGUGCAACUGUUUAAGCAAUAUCUGAAAAGCCAAUUCUGUGAUGAGAACCUGGACUUUUGGCUUGCUGUAGAGAACUUUCGAGAGAAUUUAGACGAGGAUGAACUCACAAAGCAAGCUGGUAUUAUUGUGAAAACCUAUGUUUCUAAAAAGGCCACCCGUGCUGUAAAUCUUAAGGCCCCAAACAGAGAGAGAACAGUAAAGGCUGUUGAAGCAAAUGCUCAUAGAAACGUCUUUGAUGAUGCCCAAAAGGAAAUCUAUGACUUCAUGCAACGAGAUCCCUAUGUUCGAUUUUUGAAAUCUGAACAAUAUGCCAACGCAUGUGCAUAAGUGCUCAUUUAAAUUAAUAUACAUAUAUAUAUAUUCUCCCAUUUCUUUGUAUUUUAUCAGAGCUUUAUAUAUAUACAAUUAUUUUACAAUAACUAGAAUAUCUGGUAUCACAAGUUAUUGAAAUAAUAGUGGAAAUAUAAGAUAGAAGAGACUGGAUUUAAAGAGGCAUAACUAAUAUAUCCAAAGUGCAGUCUGAAGAUGAAUUUUCUCUCUUUUGUACAUCAUUGUUUUACUAUAUGAUUGUAUUGUAUAAUGUAUGUUCAUAUAUAUUGUAUAUAUAUUUCUGCAUCAAAGUUAAUAGUUUAACUCAGAGUAAAUUAUGAAACCUGUAGAUUCUACAGAAAUAUUAAAAUUCAUUGCCUCUCA